AUGUGGGUCAAGCUCAAGUGCAGUAAAAAUGCGGACGAAGGCCCGAAUAGCGGAGAGGACAGCGACGAGGACGUAGUCACGGACUACCUCGGUUCCGCGCAGUCGGAAUGCUCGCGCGGCUCGAUCGUCAACGGGGACAUCGGCCUCCUCGAGUACGCCAAAGACGCGCCGGCCACCGGCCAUCAACAACAGCAGCAACCAGUUACGGUUGUAACAGCCAGCAUGUCCGAAGAGCCCUACGAGCGAGCACAGCCACACCACCAGCCGGGCAAUCCCCUGGUGCCGAUCAUCAGCGUCACCCCGCACUCGCCGGGCCUCGCCAAGAACUAUCCGGUCUUGGAGGGGCCGCUGUGCCACCUCCACGAGAUCCAGGAUAAGAUAUACCAGUUUCGCUACCAGACGUUGGCCCAAGACCAACAUCAUCAGGCCGACCACCACCUGUCGAGGUUCAGUACCUCCUGUCCGUCGCUCUGCCCGGCGAUCUCGAUAGACGGGGUGCCGAUCGGCCGGCCCCAGAGCCAACACCAGCAGUCCCGCGAGCAAGACGGUUCGGAUCCGGAUUUUCUCGCCAACUGCUCGAGCAACAGCUCGCCCACGCACUUUCCCGGGCUGCCGAUCGGCAACGGACAGACCGACUGCUGCGGACAGGCCAUCGAUCGGCGCCGCAGCUGGACGGAUCUCGAGGACUCGAGGCAGCGUCUGGGUACCGACCAGAACCACCUCCAGGCCGAGAACAUUCGACAGCGCAGUAUUAGCUUGAGUAGCCUCGACAGCGACUUGGAUCUGGAGCUUGACAGCAAAACCCGAGCCAGGGAUUCGAGUAACAAGUCUCGCACGUCAGUCUCGCAAUCGAGCACCCAUUCUCUCAACGAGGCUGAUUUUGUUCAGGGCGAGUUUAAGAAAAUGCAGGCAAAGAGGGCCGGCCAGAGGCUGGGAGAAAACGUGAGCCUGAUGCCGGGAGUGAGCGGUUCGCGGUUGCCGCUACAAAAGUCUAUUUCCACGCCAUCCAUUGUCAUACCUCCUGGUCAGGCUCAUCUCUUGGAUGCCAAUGGUCGCGGUGCUCCCUCUCUUUCAGCUGAUCGGCAUGAAAGGCACGAAAAAGGUAGUGGAAGCGAGACAGAAACGGACGAUCUUCACAUCCCUCUUGGUCAUGAUUUUCACGAGGAUUUGAUGAGGGAGGGCACGCCAAAUACCCAGGUCUCUCUAGAUGAACUUUUAACCGACACACCAUAUGACGACCGGCAUUCCGAAAAAACCAAAAGAAAACGAGGUUCAUUAUUUUCACGGAGAAAGAAGGAUAAAAGUGCCAAAAAACCGGUUCAGCAACAUCAAUGGACAGCAAGUAAUGUUCAAUUUCAAGGAAAUAGCAACAAUACUUGUGAUUUUUGUAUGAAAUCAUUCGCCAACAAAUCUAUUGUACAUUGUGAAAAUUGCGGAGCAGUUGUUCAUCAGUCAUGUAGGGAACACUACCAAGCCGAGUGUAGCGCCAAAUCAAAACAAUCUUCGAACAAAUCUUCAUUCAAGUCGUUGUCAAGUGUUUCCAUAUCGUCAAGCAGCAAUAUUACUAAACGCGGUUCCACCUCAUCCCUACCCUCACAGGCUUCGACCGGUACUGGGAGUCAAACGAUCAACGAAGAACGAGAUGGGGACGGAGGCUCGCAUCGUGACGUUUCCAGUGGGCUGGAGGAGCUGGACUUUGAGGAGGCACUGCAGCAGUUCAGUCUCGAGGAGUUCGACGCCCAGCACGCAGAGUUGGGCCUGGGCCGGGACGAGCCGGACUCGUGGAGCGCCUCGGUCGGUCGCAAGGCUCAAGCGCUCCGGCUGGUGGACAACAACGAGCGCGAGGUCAAGCGCCAGGAGCACAUCUACGAGUUCGUCGUCACGGAAAAACACCACUGUCUAGUGCUGCUCGCGAUGCAGCGCAUCUUCGCCGACAACCUGCAGCGGCUUUUCCAUCUAGGCGUCGCCGUCAUCGAUCGGAUGUUCCCCCGGCUCCAGAGCCUCAUGGACAUUCACUUUGAGUUCCUCUCGAAGCUGCGCCGCCGGCAGGCCGAGGGUCCCGUCGUCCCGAGCAUCGCCGACAUCCUUAUCGAGCAGUUCUCCGGGGAGAACUCGCACGCGAUGAAACGGGCCUACGGUGACUUUUGUAGCCAGCACCGGGACGCUGUCGACGUCUACAAGCACCAGCAGCUCGAUCCGCGCUUCGCCAGAUUCGUCCAGCGCUGCCAGACCAAUCCCUUGCUGAAGAAGAAGGGCAUCCCCGAGUGCAUACUCUUCGUCACGCAGAGGCUGACCAAGUAUCCACUCUUGAUAGAGCCGCUUAUAAAAUCUGGCGUCACAACCGAAGAAACGGACAAGCUGCGCAAGGCUCUGAGCCUCGUCAAGGAGAUACUAGCCGAGGUGGACGCGUGUGUCGCUAAAAAAGAGCGAACUGAUCGCAAACUCGAUAUUUAUCACAAGAUCGAUCCCAAAUCGUACGCGACUUACCGCGGCAAAAAGUUCAAAAAAUCGGACAUACUGGCGUCCAAUCGCAACCUCAAGUUUGACGGGACGGCUUGUCUGAUGCAAGGCCGGGGCAAGAUGAUGCAGGUCGUCGUGGUCGUUCUCACGGAUGUACUUUUCUUCCUGGUUGGUGAGCAAAAGCACGCCUUCUUCGUGCCUGAGCACAAAGCUGGCGUCGUCUCGCUGCAGAAACUCCUGGUUCGCGAGAAAGCUGGGCAGGAGUCGCGCGGCAUCUACCUCAUUAGCAGCAAUCCUAACGAGCCCGAGAUGUUUGAGCUCAAGGUGAAAGAUCCUCGCGACAAGCACGUGUGGAUCAAAGCUAUCAGGGAGGCUGUUGAGACGUGUCCUCAAGAAGAACCCGACAUUGAAAGUCCCUGUUUCAUCGAGAACAACAUGUUCAACGAAAUGAGGGAUACGCGGUCCCUGUCCUUGACGAAACUCUCUUCCGAGGACAAGCUCAGAAUAGCCAAGGAAGCACGGGUGCAGAGUAUACUUGAUGAAUUGCGGAAAAAAGACGAAGAGCAAGCGGCGCUGUUUGAGCAGAAAAUGGAAUUACACAUGAAACUGUACCAGACCAUUAAUUUACCAACUAGUGCCGAGAACAACGGAGAUAAAGUAGACAAAGAUACUCAAAACAUUCCUGAAUAUUUGAGGCUCAUCCGAGCUGAAGGAAUCAAUUCAACGCAGAUGUGGCAAGAGGCUAUGAAAGCUGUUCACGAAGCCAUCAGGCUUGCAAGUUCGUUGUCAUGUAGUGCUGGUGGUGGAACUCUGUCUAGGAGUCUGAGCUCAGCUGGCGAGCGGCACAGUGAAGCUUACGUACCUCCAUCGCUCGCUGUUCCACGAAGAGCUGAAACUUUUGCUGGUUUUGACCACAACAAGGAACGUUACCCGUGGCGUGACUCGGUCGCAUUGAGCAGCAAUGCCGAAUCGAGCUCAUCAAAAAGCAGUGAGCCCGGCUCGGAGCAACCCGAGAUCAAGGAGGAGGAUGAACUCGACGCAUACAGAGACCAGCGCGAAGUCGCUGUCAGGCUGUCGCAUUAUGUGCACUCUUUGCUUUACAUCAUCAACCAUCAAAUGACGAACAUCGAGAGCCUACAAGCUCAGCAGGCUGGUAUAAGGGAUAGCGUUGGCUCUGCUGUAAAGCCGAACAACCGACCGAAUCCGAAUCGUCAACUGGAAGAGUUGCGCAACCUGCAGGACCAACUGAGCCGCGAGCGCGCCGAGUUUCGUGCGGCUUCUGAGCAGAAGCAAGCUCAGCUGGAAGAAGAGCGUGCUGAGCUAAAAAAACUCCGUGAACAGCUGACGGCUGAGCAACACGACGUCAAAGAGCAGCGCGAACAGCUGUUCCGGAAACUCGAGGCUCUGACGCGCCAGGGUGUUACCCUGACAACGACUACGGCGUCGGUGCCGGUGGUUGUGCCCCACUCCUCUUCCAUUUCCGAUGCUGGUCAGUCAUCCUCCUCCUCGGCUGGACCCUCGACUUCCUCGGUAUCGCGUAAAAAGUCACAGCCCGAUGAGAAGGGCAUUAUACCGCAGAAUUUGUUGAGCGCCACCAAUCAGCGCAAAGUCCUCAAGGAUCUGCCAGUCAAGCAGCAGCUUCCGCUCAAACUAGCCAGUAGCAGUAACAACAGCAACUCGAGAAGCGGCAGCUUGACGAGCAACAACAGUCCAGAUCGUCACUCACGCACUGGUAGCAGUCCAGCAAUCGUAACCAGUUCAUCGACCUUGUCAUCGCCUGAGCUCGGUGUAAGCGCCAGCAAUCAUUACAACAACGGAUCCAGUGUUCUUAGCCACUUUUCUAUGUCGAAUCGCUCGCUUCGCUACACUCGUAUACCAGAGCCUUAUCCUCGCAAACAUCACGCUCUGCAACAACAACAGCAGCAGCAGCAACAACAGUCUCAAGAGCAACAACAAACAACUGCAAAGGUUCAACAACAACAGCAGCAGCAGCAGCAGCAGCAGCAGCAGAAACCUGGUGAAGAGCAAGUACUAUUUUUGUGACGUAUUUUUCGCUUCGGUCGCAAGCACUUGAACAGAUCAACGCGCGUCUCGACGGGCGGAGCCUCAACGCCUACCGCGACAUCAACUCCGACGAGAGUUGUUUCGAGGGGGCAACUUGAGGAGACGCAGCAGACGCCGAGAAGUAGAGUAAAGUCAUUUUGAUUAUUGACUUUUGGGAUGCAGCGCGAUAAAAGGUAAAUCUCAUCUCUGCAUUGGGAUUCUCAAUGAGUUCCUGGAUCAUAAUUUUUGUUGACGUUAUAGCUUCUAUUUAUGAAUUGAAUCAGCAUUUAAGUUUUAAUUUGGAUUGCUUGAACUGCAAUCCGGUCAUGAAAAUCGGAAGUAUGUAUGGGUGAUUAUACUUUUUUCAAAGUGGCAUUUACUAAAGACUGCGAAAUUUUUAUUCAAGUACAUUGAUUUUUUGAAAACUCCUGGAAAAAUUGAGUUGGCAUCGACGACUUAAUUUUCCGUUUAAUAAAAUUAAGGCUGAGUUUUCAAAGAAAAUAACGCGAGUAUUGAUGCACACGCGUUACAAACUUUAUGUGCAAAUCAGCAUUCCCUGCUAUAUUUAAUCAAUUUAAACAUUUUUUUUUUUUCAUUCGAGAGAAUUUAAAUAAUAAUAGCUCUACUUUAGAAUGAUAUAACUGUGCAUGAAUUACUCUAAUUGAUUUAAAGGACAAACAUAUUUUUUCUAUUCAAUUUUUGAUACUAUGAAAGAUCAGAGAUUUAUUAAUUAUCAUACUAAUGAUGAAACUAGUAUCAAGCUAUCGAAAUUUUUACGAUACAUGCAGUAAGAAUAGCAGAGUUUAGCAGGUUAAUUUACGGGAGUUUUACUUCAAAUCAUAUACGUGAGCAUUUGUAAAUAAUAAUAAAGAAAAGUAUAUCCAAUGUUGAGAUUUUUUUUAUAGAAUGAAUUUUAUAUAAAAUUUAUCAAACAUGGAAAAUCUUUGAUCAUCAAAGAGAUGAAUUUCAAAUGGAGAAAAAAAAAAAACGAAUCUUAAGGCAAUAACUAACUACUACUUUGUAAACAUCUGAUAGACUUGUACAGGAUUUAUAUUGAAUCGUCAUAUAUAUAAAUAUACAUAUAUAAACGUUUCUAGAAA